AGGACCUUGGCGCGGUGUGUCUGAAGACAAGCAGCAGCCGCAGGGGGUUUGGUGCUGUUCGUCCUUCCCUUUUUUCCCUUGCGUGCCCCCAUGGACCCGGUUCAAAACAGGCGACAAAGUUGGGAGUGGCGAUGAUUAUUGCUUUCGUCGGGGGGAUGUCGUGCGCCCGAUACCCAAGGGCGCCGGAUGUGCCAUAAGUAGUUCAUUGUCUUUGCUAUGACUAACCCAAGAAAUGCCCAGCGUUGCCUCGGCGAUAUCUUUGAACACUUUCGGAGCUUUGCGGCCUGUGAUCCCGUCUUUCUGAAUCAACUACGUGACGAAGUUGCGACAAGAAUAUUGCCGCCCCAGACGGUGUUAAUCAAAGACGGCGAGCCGCCGAGUGAUGUUUACUUUCUCCGCAGGGGGCAAGUUCGCUGGGUAUUGCGGGGCUGUUGCAAUGAGGAGGAGUGGUCGUCUCGCGCCAUCUCUACGACUACGAGGUCGCAGUGGCAUGACAACAAGGCCAGCGGAACCAGAGACGACGUGCAUCUCGUGGGGCCUCGAGGAAUGGACCGCGGCAGUGCUUUGGCACCGCGAUCAUUUCGGUCAUCAUCUUACAUCGUGCGAACUCUAUGCGCUGGAGAAGUAUUCGGUGAGGUUGCGUGCCUUAUGCAUUGCAAAUAUGUUGUCUGCGUAUGGGUCUGGAAAAGUCCGCGCUUGUCAUGCUGCGUCGCGGCGACACUAGGAUCGGCAUUGCUUGACCAGCAAAAGGCACCCACUUUGGGGCGCCCAGACGAGAUGGCGUUUCUCAUGGAGGGUAGGCAUUGUGUUUGUGGAAGCGGAAUCUGCUCAAAACUUGCGACGACACAGCUCUAUGCAAAACCUAAGGAGCAGCCUUGUAACUCUCCAGAGAGACCCCGGCAUUUUUGCACUGGAUAGGCCUGUUGGGUGUGCGAAGUAUCGGAACGUUCAUGACAGAAGGAAUCUGUGACAUACGUGUACUGUCGCGCAAGCUGCUCCUCCGCGCGCUGAAAGCAGCGCUGAGACGCCGGGUCAGCCUAGACCAGUUUCCCUUUGUCUUAGAUGCGAAGCGCAGGCUCCUUGAAGCGCAGCUCGCGUGCGCGCACGCCGGCAUCCGAUUGGCGGAUACGCGAGACGCGGACGAAAAUGCUUUUCACGACCCGCCUACAGGCCAUUCCACCCUGAUCAAGGCUGCCAAGCAUCAUCGCCGAGGAUUUAUGACGAAGUCAUUGGGUCUGGACGUGGACCGAGGUUGUGGCGGACUGCUGCGACCGACCGUCUGCGAAUCUGACGAAAAGCACAGCGUCGCAUCUAGAGAUAUCAGCCCGGUGGAGGAUCACUACCGGCACAAUAUUGAAUUGGGCGACAAGUUGGAACUAUCAUCGACGCAGACGUGGGAAUUGGAACACCAACCUCCGAAACCCACGAGGCCGGGCAAUUGCAGGAUGUUGACGCCCACAGUGGGCACGACCACGGCACCAGGCCAGGCUGCGGCUCCGGGGACGGUCUUUGCAAGGCGUGUCGUUCCCCCGCAGCACGUGUUUGCUUUCAGCUCCACGAUAGCAAUAAAUUGCCACCCUGUUGUGGCAGUGCCCUUGCAGCACUGGUCGAACAGCAUGAACUCGAGUGGUGGUAGUUGUGCGCUUCCGCCUGGUGGAAUGGAUAUGCUUAACACAGUUCCUGAAGACCGGCUGCCCGGCCGGCCCACCAGCGGAUCAUCGCUGCUACAACGGUCAAGAGGACCGCGAUCACUGCAAAACUCAGCGCAGAGUUCUCGACGUACGAGUCGAGGUUCCGUGUCCAGUACGACUUCACGAACUUCAGCCACAGGGUGCACGAUCCGCAGUCCCCCUUCAGAGCAAGCAAAAACUGCUGCCGACCGCACUCGCUCGAGCGAUGCUCAAGCGCAAAGCCACCAGAAGGAGUCGAAGAACCGACAAAAUCCCGGCGCCGCGGUGCCGCGCCCGCGUGUCAACGUAACGAAUGACGCAAUAGCUACGAACGAGCCAAAACGUGGCGUCGAAGCCGCUUGUGAUGGACUGCCAGAGAUUCUGGCGGCCGAGGUUGGCGUUGGCCCUGACUGCGCUGCCCCUCCCGCGUCCGAAAGUGAAACAGAUGCACUCCAGAUGACCAUCACCAGCAGCAAGAAGCAAGUUCAGGAGGGCAUUUAUCCCUUAUGCGCCACUUCUGCCAAAGCUGUCUAUGUGGGUCACUUUGUUCCAGCGAGCAUUCUUGCUGGCUUCCUCAACAUCCUAGUCCGCCCAAGGUUCGCGAAAAAUAGAAAACAAAAGCCUUGAGCUUCCAUGGGUGUAGGUCCUCAUCAUUUACUCAGUAGCGCGGUGAAGGGGUGGAGGUCGGCUUACUCAGUAUUAGCACGGUGAUACUAGAGCUGUUGGCAGAAUGCGCCGGGGGGCCCCGCCUUUGCGCCAUUGCGAAUCGACAGGGGACCUCGCCGCCCUCCCUGCCCGGAUCAUUUGCUUGUUGUUUUGUAACGAUCCCAUGCGCGUACCAAAGGCCAAUCCGUUCGCGCUCGUGGUUCUGUGUGCCUCCGAAUCGAGCGGGCGGUCCUUCGCUUCCCGCCACUCCGCCACCCCCCUCGCCCGGGUUUGCAAUUGUUUCUAUGUACGCCCCGCUUUUACUGCAAGGCACGUGCCUUCCAUUCGGACAUGCGGGGGCGCGGAAAAUUUCAACGUGAAAGACCGAGAGAUAGACAAAGACGCCUCCUAAGCGUCUAUUCCCUGCAUCCACAGAUCCAGCCGCUCCGCGCAGUGAAAUACAUCGCUGGCUGGGGCUGCUGACCAUGAUCGAUCCGGAGUGAAAGGCGUGGACGCGAUGCCUUUUGGUGCCUUUUAUUUCUGUGCACCUGAAUUUUGUUUCUUGUUAGAACACUAAUACACCAUGUAGCCCGGUGAGCAGGCUACUGCACUAGUAUCCACGUAACUGUUGCAUUGGGAAAGGAACAAGUUCAUCAUCAUCAUCAUCACAUCAUUCUCUCGAUUUGCAUCGCUCUUCGCUCUUGGAUGUGAUUUCAGAUCGUGGAUUUCAGGUGGGAUUUGCAUCGUGUUUGCAGCGUGUCAUGAGCUCUACAUGGUGACUCGAUCUGCAUGCCUACAUUCCCCCUCAUGACUAUUCACAUGCCUACAUUCCCCCUAGUGACAGGAUGGAACGAUAUUGGUGUAGUGGAUAGUCACAGAAGUAUAGAAAAUAGGUAUUGCAAAAUCCUAGAAACAGACACUGUGAUGCACAAAUCCACUGAAUCCCGAUGCUACGAUGAUGGUUCGCUCCAAAUGCAAGCAUAAAUCUAGCGUCUUUGGCUCAACACGACGAGACCGACAGGCAAUCUCUCAUGGCUACGGCACAAAGAAGAACCACGAAACUGAUGAAAAACCUCCCCCCCUCCGAAACUUGUGGAAGUUUCGGGCGCGGAUGAAGGAAAAUCAGACGGGCACUAGAAUCCUACACAAUUCCGCAGGCAUGUGUAGCCUUCGAGUGUGACACGCGGAAGAUGGACUACGAUUCGAAAAUCGGAGCGGCGUAGACAGCCGGCAGACCUAUCUUGCUGUCAUCUAAGUCAAUAGAUGGGUGGGCGCACGCAUGGAAACACAGCAAAGGACUUCCCAUUGGUUUGGUCAAGGGAUCAGCCUUAUUCGCGCCGGUGGGUACGUGCGCGAUGUUUUGGGCGUGAUCCUUGACUUCGUGAAAACGGAGCAAGAAGUGUUUCGUCUUCUUGGUUGGUAACUCCGAGCGCGCAACUUCGAUUGCAGAUUUGUUGUCCACAAAGAGCAUACCGGGCAGAGACUGAUUUUCAUCGAGCCACUCCAGAUACCCCUGGGCCUGCGAUAGCUUCAACGUGUCGAAGAGGGCUAUGUACUCGCUCUCGCAUGUUGAGUAUGCGCGAAGCGUCUGGCGCUUGCUAGACCAAGCGAUGGGCAUGCCCCUGAAAAAAAGAAUGCUUCCACUGCUGCUGCGGAGGGUGACGGAACACCCAGCAAAAUCUGCGUCACUGAAUCCAACAAAGUCCGGGAGAGACUGUUUGGAGUUCUGCUCUUCAAGCACUUCGGUAUAUUGCUUGCGAAAUUCCCGCUCCCGUUCCGGUGUGUACUCUAGAACGACAUGGGAAGUCUGCAGCAGGUACCUGACUACGCGCCUUGCCGCUGUCACGACAGAAGCUGUAGGCUUGGCCUGAGCUCGUGCGACCCUGUUCACUGCGAACAUGCAAUAUGGGCGGGCCAUGGUUGCAAUAUACUGCAGUCCUCCGAUGAGGCUACGCAGCGGGUAAUCCGGCAGCGGCUUUCCUUCAUCAAAGUCGGUGUAAACGCAUGGCGUGGAAAGUGGCUUUCCAGCGUCGAUUUUGAACUUUUCCGCUAGCUUCUUGAUGGCUUUCUCCAAAUCAAGACGCAAGGUCUUCCGUUGUCGAUCGUAACGCAUACGAACGCCAAGGAUAUCCCGAACAUCGAAAGAGCCUUCUUUCUCUGCGGGGAUAAGUUUGCCUUCGAACUUACCAAGGAUACGGGCGCAGGCGGCGGGCACCUCGUCGAAAUUCUCGCCCGAGAUGAGAGAGUCAUCAACGUAGAUGGCCAGCGUCAGCCCAUUCUUCUUGAAUAGUCCGGGUUCCUGGGGGCAGCGUUUCCAGCCGUCUUCCAGAAGGUACGCGGCAUACGUAUCAUACCACUUGCGUGGCGCGAUUUUGAGUCCGUAUAAGGAUUUCAAAAGUCUGACUUUGUCGCCACGGGGAUCCGUGCUCCAGUGUUUGGGUAAGCGAACAAAGACUCUAUCCGAUUCGUCUAAGGCGGAACGGAUGAACGCAUUCGAGAUGUCGAAUUGUUCAACGAACUUAGCCGAAGCGGCGGCAUCAACCAGCAGGGUGCGGGUCGCGGCAUGGGAAACGGUCGGGGAGAACACUUCGGCGCGCAUGACUUUCGUCUGGCGGUUUCCGAGUGCAACAAGGCGGGCCUUGAAUCUUCCGCACCGUUUGCGAGUGUAAAUCACAACGGCCGGGAUGAUCUCGUCGUCCUUACCGAAUUCGCCAUCUUGUAACGGCCUCCAGCACUUGAGUGCUUCUAGCUGUGUACGCUCUAGCGUAUCAGCUUCCAGCCAUUUGGCGGCGUCUGGUCCUGUAAACGCCUCCACCCUGGUGACUUGUACUGUCCAGCAAAUUGCUUCGCCGUCCUUCUCCUGAUCAAAAACUCGAGAAGCAACAAACGCACUAGCAACUUCGUUUUCGAGAAUUGCUCUUGCGCCAUUGCCCUGGGGCUGAUCUCGGAGGGGCUGCACAAGGUCCGAAGCAGUUGGCUGCUUGGGCUUCCGACCGGGCUUCUGCCAGUGGGGGCAUUGUGCGUGAGUAAGCCCCUUGGGCCGUCCGCGGCGAUUUCUUUUCUUGAUGGGGACGCCGUCUUUUUCCACUAACGUGUAGGGGUUUAGGUCAUCAUCGAUCAAGUUUGAAACGUCCGGCGGCGCUACCUGGGGCGCAACUUGUGGGGCGACAGGAGAUGAGUUUCCUCCUUCCUGCGCGGGACCAUCUGCGGGCGCCGCACCACGGCCGUCGCCGUCGGUGGGACUUCCGGCAGACUCGUUUUCUUUGUCUCCGCCCUGGGCCGUUUCCGGCGCCGGGGGGGGCGACUCCGUUUUUCUCCGUUUCAGAGCCGGUUCUUCAACCCCCUCAGAAGUUUGCUUCCAACGCUUUUCAACUUCCUCAAGCGCGGCGCGAAGGCGAUCGGAAUCGCUUCUCACUGCUCCAGCGGAAUCGUCGGCGUUUGGGGCUUGCCUCUGCGACGGUUCUUUCUCCGGUUUCCGAAGGGCGUUGACAUUGGGCACUAACGUGUCCCCGUCGAACUUGACCGACCGAGAUUCGACUGCCGUCCAUCUCUGGCCGCUCUUUGCGCGUGCAUCAUGGUGGAAAACACCUACCACGUACGAGCUUGACUCCCUGGAGUAUCCGAGGAAGACUCCCUUUUCAUAGCGGUCAACCAACUUCGUGCUCUCGGCUUUGUCGCUUGGAAUGUGCUUGCGGACGUACGCAACGCACCCAAAGCGGCGAAGGUGUUUGACAUCGGCCAGACGACCAAAACGCUUGUAGAAAGGGGCGGGGAGCUUGGUUUUCCGCUGCGCUCGGUUCUUGACAUACGCGAUGUACCGCGCACACCAAUCCCAGAGCCGGGGAUCUACUCCCUGAAGGUUGGCCCGAAGACCGUCCCCAAGGGUUCUGUGCCAGCGCUCCACGUUCCCACUGCCUUGCGGCUCUCGUGGAACGCUGUGGCCAGCGACGCAAGUGAUUUCCCGGCAGGCUUCUUUCCAUGGUCCUUCCAUGCCUUUCAACACGGGCUCACUGUCACAACGAGCGACCUUGGGGACCCCGACCUGCGUUGCAAAGUCCCGAAGGACCUUGCCGCACUGCGCUUUGUCUGCAAUGCCCCACGGCUCGAGCCAGUCUGUGGCUGAGUCCCGGAGCGUGAUGCAAAUUGUGUUUCCAUCCAUGGAAGCGGGUAAUCCUCCGGAGAAGAAAUCCGUCUCAACUUGGUCCAUCCACUCCUUGUGGAGAUAGGUCGCGGGGCGGACCUUUCGACGCUGUUGAGAACCAUAGGACUUAGAAGCAGCGCAAUCAGGGCAGUGAACCUUGAUGCCUUGGACUCCUAAAUGCCCAAGCCUUUGGUGUAACCGCAAGGCAGAGCAGGAGUUCUGGUUUCCAAUCACGUGCGCCAACGCCUCGCCUUCCAAGAGGUAGAAACCAACGCGCGGAAGCUUUUGACGUAUUUUGACCGUGUGGCGAUAGCCCGAAGCGUCCUGGAUCCAUCGUUCUUCUUUCGCGUGGUAGUACGAUCCACCAUCCUGCGCCAUCGUUUCGACAGAAAGCAGGCAAACCUGCAACGCAGGGUGGUACAACGCAACCCGGGCACCCAAGUUAUUGGGCUUGAGAAUUCCGAUUUUCGCAGGCUCCGAGCAUUCGCCGUCAGCUGUUGUGAGACUCGCGGUUUCUCCGGUAAAGCUCUCAGACAUUGACUCAUGCGGGGACAUGUGGUGGGUAGCACCACUGUCCGCGAUGACUUUCAAAACUCGAAGUCCAUCCUUGGCUUUCGGCUGCUGCACGAAGUGCGCGCGCGCGUGCCUGGAGGAGUUAAGGACGUUCGGAAGACUCGUAUACGCGGCACAACCGGCGGCAUACGAGGGAAGUCGUAGCAACCUCCUGGAGUUCAAUUUCUUGAACGAAUUCCGGGGGAGUGAGAUUCCGAAUUUCUUCAAAAUCUUGGGGGGGCAGGGACCGAAAAGAUUCCAGAUUUGCAUCGCAGCUUUCGCAAGACACGAUGUAAAUCGGUAGAUUGGACUUCCAAUCACGAGGGUGGGGCAGUUCAAAAACGUAAAACACACAAACACGAAGAACCACACAACCGACAGAAGCAGAGCGAGCAGAACACUGGCCAAGUACAAAUUGACCGUUUUUAGGUGCGGAGAACGCACACAGAGCGGAGAACGCUCGCAGUAUUCCUGGUUUACACUGUUCUUGUUUUGCUGUGGUUGACGCGUUUCGUAGAACUUCCGAACUCGUUCAGCCGCUUCUCCUGCAAGAGUGUAAGGCAACUCGAUCGCCUUUCUCGCAUAGUUCUCAUCGGUGGCCAUCCGAUGCUCGUGCUCGCGCACAAACAUGGGCAGGCUGCCCGACAAGCCCCAAGGCGUGUUUUUCUUCUUUCCCACCGUGACGCCGUUGGUGAUCCCAUUCAGCUCCGGAAGCUGGACGGGGGCGGUCGCGGUCUUCUUUUCGGCGGUGUGGACGACAACAGCGGCGGCGCUGUUGGUGUUUGCCUUCUUGGUGUUGCUCGCGGUCGUCUCCUUCUUGCGGCACUGGGUCACGUCGUGCCCUUUGUGCCGGCAAAACUGGCAACGCUUAGCCUUCUGGGUGUCCUCCGGCUUCUGCGUUUUUCCUUGGCCUUUGUUCGCGAUCGCUUUCACGCUUGCCAACUCCUUCCGCAAUUUUUCCUGGCUCUUCUCCAAGGCGACAACCUUGGCGCUGUUGGCCUUGCUGUCUUCGGUCUUGGUUUCGCCGGCAACGCGCUGGAACUCGCGGAGCGUGGUGGUAAUGCGAUCGGCGUCGGUCACCUCGUUGGCCAUGAGCGUGGCAACGGUCGGGGCGAAGGUGUCGGGGAGUCCGGACAAAAUGCAGCCGGCUAAGAACUCAGGCAGCAAAAUUUUUCCGCCAAGUUUCUCGCGGAAGACAGCGCGCACGCGGUUGGCGUAUUCGUCCGCAAGCUCGCCGGGGUUCAUCCGCAUGCGGAUAAGUUCCACAACAGCAGCGAAGCGGGUGGCCAUCUUCUGACUGGCGUGCUUAUUUUCGAGCGCCCAAACCAUGCGAAGCAGGUGCGUAGGCUGCGGGCCGGUGAUCGCGCGCAAAAUUUGGUGGGGGUCCGGUCCACAACUUUGCGAAAUCAUGGCGGCGAGCGGUUUCGCGGUCCAGCUGUUCCAGCUGGGGGCGGCUUCAACUUUCGCCAAGGCGGUCGGGAUAUCCGUGCCCUUAGCGAUCUCCUUACGGUAAUCCGCAUAAAGUUCGGCCCAAUCCUUCCAGGCUGCACCAGCUCCCGAGGGCGGGGCGGAGGAAGAAGAGGAGGCGCCGACGGCGGUGGAGGUCGGGGGCGGGUUGCGCGGGUACCCUUCCAGGAUGCGGAAGAGGUCAAAACUCCAGCGCGGCCAAUCUUCCGCCGCCUCCAAUUUGGUGGCCAUCUUCGGCGGGGUGUCCUUCUCGCUGCCGGUGGCCAUGUUUGUGGUUUCUAGUUUUUCGAAAUUUUUCAAAGUCUAAAAACUAGGCGCGUCCAAGUGUAAAACUCAAGGGGAUAAACAAAAAAACUCUAGCUAAAGCCUAAAGCUUUAGCCCUCUAAGCACAGGGCUCAAGAUUGUUAGAACACUAAUACACCAUGUAGCCCGGUGAGCAGGCUACUGCACUAGUAUCCACGUAGCUGUUGCAUUGGGAAAGGAACAAGUUCAUCAUCAUCGUCAUCACAUCAUUCUCUCGAUUUGCAUCGCUCUUCGCUCUUGGAUGUGAUUUCAGAUCGUGGAUUUCAGGUGGGAUCUGCAUCGUGUUUGCAGCGUGUCAUGAGCUCUACAUGGUGAUUUGAUCUGCAUGCCUACAUUUCUCCAGAAGCAGCAGAAAAAUGCUCGGCGGGAAAUUGUCUGCCUUGAGUUUGUGACUGUUGAUAGUUGCGCGCAUUCUGACCAUGCCGAUCAUGGUAAAAAUUCUUCACAACCCACUAGAGGCACUGCAGCGGUCGAUCGAACGAAUGACGCAACUUCCUUCAUUCCCGCUAGGCAUGCGCCGAUCUCUCGUCGAAAGAAACAAGCUGGCGCGGGUAUGAGGCGCUUGGCAUUGUCGAAUACAGCGGGUUCCAUGACAGCGCCCGCAUGUCAGACACGCGCGACACCGUUGCCACCGUCGGGCAAGACCUGCGAACAGCAAAUCCGAGAGAAGCGCCGGAAGUUCAAGAACUUGCCAAACAAAAUGCGGAAGCAGUACUGGGAGGACACCAAUCGCAAUGUCUUUGGUGAGGAUCACGAAUAUUCCCCCUCGCCAUCCUCUCGAUCCUCCAGGGAGCCCAGUGGCCGAUCUACAUUAUGCCCAAACUCACUGAAUUUAUGAAGCGCAAUUAUGAUGGCAGUGGCAGAGGCGGAUAACGUAAUGGUUGGCACUUAUACUAUCCCUUAUCUUGUCAUGUUAAUGUUAUGCUAGCUUGAAUGGUGACAGUAACAUUUGUUGUCGAGAGGGACGACCGGAAAAAAUCGAAUGGGUUGUUAGAGUGGUUGAAAUUGUGGCGCUAUACUGUUCCGCAUGCCCCUUGGCAUUUAUUAUUAUUUUCUCUGGAUGUAGUUGUACUUGUAGUCUUUGUCUUGCUUUUGCUCUGUGCCUGUCUUGCCAGUCUGAGCAGUUCGUGCUUCAGCAUUACAGAUAUGUAUCCCAUUCAUCCCUGACUGCAAUAUUUGCACUGGAUAGAAAUCUAGUCGAUACAACUCAACCAAAACCUCCCGAGAGGUUUCCAGACGCACCAGCUUCGAUCUGUUCGGACUCAGCCAAAGAAAGGUAGCUGAAUUUUCCAAAACAAUGCAGACUCGGGGAUUUUCUGCGGCUCCACCUUCUUGCUCUAAGACAGGGCCGAGUGGUUCCUUCCUCCACUACCCCGGCACAACCCAGCUGCAAUCGGAGAGCAGUAUCUGCGAAUCGCCACUUCAGCAGCAGCAGCAGCAGCACCGGCUCAAUGUGCUGCACAGUGAUCGUGAACCUAACGUGGCCGCCGGUGAUGGUAUGUCAUGCGAGGACGACAGUGCGAGAUGUGCUAUGAAGGACGGAGGCUCUACUCCCGGAGCUUGGACGUCCGCUAUGCCACUCAUCAGUCGCAUUGAUAAACGGGCAGGCCGCAAGCUUUUGUCGGUUUCCUCUAAUACUGCGGAUAGUAGUCUGCUAGCGAGCUCUUUUGUCACCCAUGCCCACGCAGUUGCAGCCUCGCCGUCGACUGCAACGCAGCGGCCGUGCCAUGCCAGUCACGUAUCCAGCAAGAGGUCCAUAACCAUACGGGCAUCUACCAACCUCAACAAGAACAACUACAACGCGUCGGCUUCAAAUAGUUCGACACGGAGGAGCAGUGUAGAGCAUUGCCAUAGGGCGGGCCUCGGCGAUCAUCAGAGUAGUAACGGAGCAGGGAUGACGAGUAAGAUAAUGUCGAGAAAGCAGGCGCGCUUCUGCGAAGAAAUAGAAAACGACGCGCCCUCCCGGGUGGCAUCAUCGCACGCACGAAGUGAUGCGAGCAAUAAGGCCGGAGGGAAAACCGAAACACGUCGCACGAAACACCUGAGCAAGAUGAUGGCGCAGCAGCCAGAAUCUUGCAGAAGGCUGGCGGAGCGAUGGACAUUGCCUGCAGAUUAUCGCCACCUUCAGGGUCAGCGCUCUCAAGGUUAUUCCAGCAGCACGAAACACCAAACCACAUUUGUGGCGACUGGCUGUCGUCAUCGUAUUCACGACUUAAGUGCAGGGGCACCAGGAGAAAGAAGUCCACGGGCUCGCUCCCCAAGAUCAUGCACGGUGUUUGCAAAUAAAGGGAAGAGCCGCUCCCCCGCACCCGCUGGUGCUGGCACAGUUUUCCGCGAAUGCGAAGAGUGCGUCGAUCUCGAUGUUAAACAUUAUCUCUUGUCGCCCAUUCUGGGCAGACGCUGCGUCGAUCACUUCGAGUUUGAAGAUGACGACGCCCCGCGAGCUAUCGACCGCAAUAAAUUUUAG